AUGGUACAUCUCGCCCUCCCCCUGCGGCUGGGAGCAGUGGUUGGUUCCAGCGGCAGCGGCGGCGGCAGCAGCAGCAGCAGUAGCAGAGUCCCGUCCGGUCCCGCCCCGCCUCCCUCCGCCUUGUCAUUGAUGUUGUUGUUUCUGUCGCAGGAGCCGGAGGGGAGGCCGAGGCCGGGCUCGGGGCUGCGGCCACCGGCGGCUGGGCCGGCCAUGUCGUCGGUGUGUGGGGGGCCGGUGGGCGCCGGCUCCCUGCCCAGCGAGCUGGUGGUCCAUAUCUUCUCGUUCCUGGCCGCCCCGGACCGGCUCCGGGCCUCGGCCGCCUGCUCGCACUGGCGAGAGUGCCUCUUCUACCCGGCCCUGUGGCCCCGGCUGCGCCUCAGCCUGCGCGUCUGCCCGGCCGAGCGCCCGCGCCUCGACUUCCUCAUGCGCAAGUGCGGCUGGUUCGUGCGCGAGCUCCGCGUCCAGUUCGCCGCCGACAACUACCCCAGCGGAGGAGCCGGAGGCGGCGGAGCAGGAGGCGCCAGCGGGGUGUGCGAGGAAGCGGCAGCCGCUGCGGCCGCGGCGGAGGGAGAAGCGCAGCUCUGUCCUCGCUGGCUGGAGCUGCUGAGGACCUACCUGGAGCUCGUACUCUGCGUGCUUAGCAGCGUCCGCAACAACAGGAAUCUCCAGAAAUUAAGUCUCUUUGGUGAUAUAAGCAUUCUGCAACAACAUGGGAGUAUAUCAAAUACGCACCUCAGCAAAGUGGAUCCAGAUGGAAAAAAGAUUAAGCAAAUACAGCAGCUGUUUGAAGAAAUAUUGGGUAACAGCAGGCAACUGAAAUGGCUGUCAUGCGGGUUUAUGCUACAAAUCGUAACACCCACAUCAUUGUCAUCUCUCUCAAAUCCUAUUGCCAACACUAUGGAACACCUGAGUUUACUGGACAACCACAUCCCUGGUAAUACCACUCUUAUCACUGCGGUUGAAUUGGAGCGUUUUGUCAGUCUUCGCUCACUCGCCUUGGAUUUCUGUGAUUUUACAGCAGAAAUGGCAAGAGUCCUGGCUGAUAGUAACCAUGUGCCUUUGCAUCGACUGUCUCUUCUGGUCCACAAUAUUUCCGUAAUGCACAAGUCCCUGGAAAAUAUGCCAGAAGAUGAAGAUUGGAAGGCACUGACACGCAACAGCACUAAUCUUCGGGUCUAUAUAAUGGCUUUUGAUAUCAAGAGUGAUGACAUGCUAAGGAUUCUUAAACCCAGUAUCCCACUGGAGAGGAUUCACUUCGACAGCUACAUCACUUGCGUUUCAGGAGCUGUGGUUGAUCUCAUAUCUAGGCAGUAUGAUAAGUUCCUCACUCAUUUCAUACUAAUGAAUGAUGUGAUAGAUAUGUCUGGCUUCCCAGAUCUCAGCGACAACCGAACCGAAGACCCAUUGGUUUUAUUGGCCUGGAGGUGCACAAGGCUCUCUCUUCUGGCAGUGCAUGGUUAUACUGUUUGGGCUCACAACCUGAUUGCCAUUGCUCGUCUUCGUGGCUCUGAUUUGAAAGUGCUUGAGGUCACAGAAGAAAGCAUUGAUUUUGACCAAGGUGAAUUGGCCGAUCAAGAUGUGGAUCCGGUGCACAAUCUCAUUGAGCAGGUAUCCCUUGGAUUGGGCCGACCUUGGCAUGCAGUCAUGGACAUAGAAUUACUCAGUGUCUUUACUGAGCCAACUCGUCAUUUUUACAGAGAAAUGCAAAGCUUCAGUGAAGGCAUUUAGUUCUCUUUAUUUACAGUUCCUGUGGUUACAUAUGCAAGUAGGGUCCUAUUAUGUUUUUCAGUAGUGUGAAUUAACCCCUCUUGUGCUGUGUUUAAUCAAUAUUAGCUAUAUAGAAUUAUAUAUGUAUAUUCUACUUCUUGAUCAAAGAACGUAGUCGGGUAUUGGUUUAGAAGCUGAAAGUGGCAACGUUUAGGGCUUUCACGGUUAAUGGACUUGUCUACAAAAAAAGAAGAAGAAGCAAAACUCAGAUGUGGCUGAAGGUUGUCUGAGGUUGCCGGCUAACUUUCUUUUUGUACUGAGUAACUCUGCAACUUCACUGAUUUUACUAUUGUCGGAGUUUUUGUGCUCAGGAGCCAAAAAUCUUUUUACUAUCCAUAGCCCAGUGGUUUUGAAUGCAGUCAUUGUCAUGUAAACUAGUAGCAUGCUACUUAAAAGCUUUCUUUUUUUUUUAAGAGAGAAAAAUCAGGACUAUCCAAUACCAUUUACUGUAAACCUUUGCUUUGAUUUCAUGUACAAUAUCUGGAGCAUGAAAUAUUGCCACUCUGCAAUCUCCUCCUUAAAUAUGAAGCAGUCGUCUCUUGCACAGUAUAGCUUCUUCAGAUGCUUACCUGACUCUGAAAGCUAUCAAUCGUAGUUUCAUUGUAAAUUAAUUGUAGCUUCUUUUUCUUGUGGUCUGUCAGCUUCUCCGUACAAGUUAGCUUUGGGCCCAGAUUUAAAAAGAAACGUCAAGUCUCUACACUCCGAUGGGGUAAAACCAUAAUGAUUUAAAGAUAUAAAUUUAAGUCUACUUUGCUUGCAAACAAACAUUAGUCGUGAAAUCCCUAGCAACUAAGUCACUGGAUUUUCUCUGUCAGCGCCUGUGUCAGCUGCCAAAGAAUAGAUUUAAAACGAAGAAGUGCCCACAUGCUGGCAGGGGCAGGCCAAUUUUUGGCCAGCCAGAUACUGCUAGAUUGUAAUAUAUAAGGUCGAAUUUCGACCUGUGGUACACAGCUGUGCUGUGGCUCAGUCAGCAACCUCAGAACUCUUAAACAUGCACCUGUUUCACUGUGAAUAGUGAAUGUAAAGGAAAGAAAGGAAAACAGAUAAUACAAACCUUGUUCUAUCACAGGUAUGAGCUGCUAUGAUGCAUGAAGAACAUUCCAUGAAGUAUGUUUUAAAAUCUUGUUAUAUCUGAGAGGCUUUAAAAGCCGAUUUAAACUGUUUCAGGGCAACCGCGGUACAGACGUGGUCUCUGUGAGACUUCCACCUGACCCAAGUUUUAAGUGGUACGAAUGUUGUGCAUUUAAUGUUAAAGGACAGUCUGCAAUAAUAAAGUUAAGUGGCCAACGUGGGUGCCCAGCAGUGCUGAGACCUGGCUGCCAUAUUGUAAGCUUUGGAAAACACAAUUUAUGCAACAGAUGUCCAGAUAUGAUUCUAUUUAUGGAAAAGUUUAUAUGUGUUUUACAAAUGGUUUUACCAUCUUAUAUUAAAAUGACCUUUUGACAGGUGUGCGCUGUUUUGUCUCCAGUGAGCACAUACCAUGCGGAUUUUAUAUGUACAUCAGUAGAGUGAAUCCACUGGCACAGUGUGUGUGAAUGCCAGAUGUGGUGAGAUUUUAUCUUAUAAAUGUGAUCAGACUAAAGUAACUCCUGACAGAAAUUGUAAGGAAACCAGCUGAGUGUUUGACUUGAUGACUGAUGUUGUAUGGUUUAUGUUAAAUGUAUAUUCUUUUAAUCAAUGAAUAAAGCAUUAAAAUUGA